GCUGCGCGCCGGAGCCCGGGCAGACAGCGCAGGGCUCCCGCAAGAGGCUUCGCCGCUUCCCCGGCCGGCGCGCGCGGAGCCCGGAGCGAUGUCCCGCGCAGCCCCCGCGCUCCUGGCGCUGCUGCUGCCGCUGCUGCCCGCAGCUCGCGAAAUCCCUUGUUUGCCACCCCCUGAAGUCACCAAUGGAGCCCAUUCUGGUGAGGGGGAAGCCUAUGUCGUCGGAUCUUCAGUGACUUACACUUGCAAGAGUGGUUUCAGUCUGGUUGGAGAGGCCUCCAUUCACUGUACCACAGAAGAUAACCUCCACGGUGUCUGGAGCCCUGCCCCUCAGUGUAAAGAGGUGACGUGUCCAGCCCCAGUGGUUCCACAUGGGAAAAAAAGGUUUGGAUCAGUCGCUGUCUAUUCCUAUGGAGACACAACAAUAGUUGAGUGCAAUCCUGGCUACUCCCUGAGGGGAGAUGGUGAUGGUGUGAUUCGAUGCGGAGAGGAUAACACCUGGAAGCCUUCUGUGCCAAUCUGUGACCCAGUCCAAUGUGGGCCUCCGCCAACUAUCAAGGGAGCCAAGCUCAGCCAUUCUGGUCUCUCAGAGAGCUUCCCCAUCGGCACAAAGGUCGGCUACGAAUGCCUGAAGGGUUUUCUUAAAAUCCCGGAUAGGUCAGACUCCAUAGUGUGCCUGCCCAGCCUUGAGUGGUCAAACCUGCUGGAGUUGUGUGGCCGUAGCUGUCCUGCCCCAAGAGGCUUACCAUUUGGUAAACUAUCAGAAGAGGAUGGGAAGAGGAGCUUCUAUGGCGUGGGGACCACUGUCCGUUAUGUCUGUCGCGACGGGUAUGACAGGGUCCCAGGACAGGAUUCAACCAGGACUUGUCUUGAAGAUUUUACAUGGUCAAACCCACCAGAGUUUUGUACCAAGAAAUCCUGUGGAGUUCCUGAAGCACCGGAGCACGGCAGAGUUGCUGAUACAACACGGACCCUGUAUCUUGACACAGUACACAUAGUGUGUGAUGAGGGGUAUCGGUUAUUUGGGAAACACAUCACGUGCAGGCUGAAAGGAAAGGACGUCGCAUGGAGCCAACUCCCUACUUGCGAAGGCAGUUGUGCACCCCCUCCCAGAUUCAGUUUUGCUGAGCUAGUCACAAGUUUGGAUUCCUAUCGCAUUGGGACUGAAGUGACCUAUCGCUGUCGGCCAGGUUUCAUUCGUGUUGGUGGAAAGUCUCCUGUCAUUACUUGUCAAGAUAACUCUACCUGGUCACAACACUCUGAGUUUUGUGUGGCAAAACAGUGCCCAGCUCCAGACAUACCGAAUGGUCGGCCUAUUGUAACUGAUCUCCGGUUGGGUGCGAGAGUCAACUUUACCUGUUCUGCCGGGUACAGAUUAAUUGGCAGCCAUUCUCUCCGAUGUGUGCUCGAUGUCGGAAGCAAUGUUCGUUGGGAUGGCGAGUUUCCCUCCUGUGAAAAAAUCCCUUGUUUGCCACCCCCUGAAGUCGCCAAUGGAGCCCAUUCUGGUGAGGGGGAAGGCUAUGUCUUUGGCUCUUCAGUGACUUAUACAUGCAAGAGUGGUUUCAGUCUGGUUGGAGAGGCCUCCAUUCACUGUACCACAGAAGAUAACCUCCACGGUGUCUGGAGCCCUGCCCCUCAGUGUGAAGAGGUGAAGUGUCCAGUCCCGGUGGUUCCACAUGGGAAAAAAAAGCUUGGAUCAGUCGCUGUCUAUUCCUAUGGAGACACAAUAAUAUUUGAGUGCAAUCCUGGCUGCUUGCUGAGGGGAGGUGGCGAUGGUGUGAUUCGAUGCGCAGAGGAUAACACCUGGAAGCCUUCUGUGCCAAUCUGUGACCCAGUCCAAUGUGGGCCUCUGCCAACUAUCAGGGGAGCCAAGCCAAGCGCUUCUUAUCUCUCUGAGAGCUUCCCGGUUGGCACAAGGCUCACCUACGUAUGCCUGGAAGGUUUUCUUAAAAUCCCGGAUAGGUCAAACACCGUAGAGUGCCUGCCCAGCCUCGAGUGGACAGAGCUGCCAGCGUUGUGUGGCCGUAGCUGUCCUGCCCCAAGAGGCUUACCAUUUGGUAAAGUAUCAGAAGAGGAUGGGAAGAGGAGCUUCUAUGGCGUGGGGACCACUGUCCGUUAUGUCUGUCGUGACGGGUAUGACAGGGUCCCAGGACAGGAUUCAAUCAGGACUUGUCUUGAAGAUUUCACAUGGUCAAACCCACCGGAGUUUUGUACCAGGCCAGGGGAAAACUCAGCAGAAGAUGCUCAACCUAAUUCAGGGAUUGCAUAUAUAAUUGCUUCUGCUGUUCUCGUAGUGCUCUUCCUGUUGGGUUGUGCUCUUUGCAUUGCAGCUGUUUACAAAUGCAAGAAGGGGAAAAAAGGUUCUUAUGAUACAACACCAAGCGCCACGACACAUCAACGUAUAGGAGACUCUGAUUCCUUGAUGAGAAAAACAAGUGACACCUUGGAUGAAAUAUCUGUUGAUGAUUCACAACUAAAAGGAAAGUCGGUGACCUUUGUUUUGACCUGAAACUAGAUUUGAAAAAUACAUCUAUUUCAUGGGAAUGUCUGAUCUGUGGCUGAAUGUCUCCAGAUUAUCUCUGAUUUACCAAUUAGGACACAUAAAAUUGGCGGAAAAUCAUGGAAAAGCUUACUGAAUCUGUCUAGAGAAGUGAGAUCUCUUUAAGGCUACUGCUGGUACUUGCACUAUAAGUUCUUUCCCCCUUAUAAAGGGAUUACAGUACGGCUCCUCUGCAUACAAGAACAGCAGAAAGACAAGACCCAGAUGGCCCCUCUUGCCUUUGAAAACGGGACCUUGGGACAAGUGAGGGGGCGUGCAGCCUCCAAACUGACUUGCUGGUCACAUGUAGGUAGGCACGGUCACAGUGCCAAAUGCUUUUCCCUAGUGAAAUCACUAGCCAGCCAGAUGUGGCGUGAUGUGAACCGAGCUCUGGUUUUAGCUGUAAGGACAUAAUUAGUUUAUUCAGCUGCCCAUUGACAGGUUUCCAUUUUUACGUUCUUUAAAUGCAUUUAAGGACACCAAAGAAACCUGUGUGGAACAUUUUCAAUCCUUGCUCUAUUUUGCUUGAAUGCACACUUCACUCCUCUCUUUUGUUUAUAAUUUUCAAGUUACACUCUUCAGAAACAUUGGCCUUUUGUUUCCUAGCACUGAUUUUUGUCACAAACUUGCUAUUUGGUGUGUCUCCCAAAGGUGAAAAGUAAGAGAAAAGUGUGUAAAUUUACAUGGGAGUCCCAAAGGUUUGAAGAUGAGUAUAACUGAAUUCUAUUUUUUUUGUUCUCUCAGGGAAAGAAAAAAAUGUUCUUAGAAAAUAAAAAACUGGUUUCAUUAUUAACUAUCUUUUCUUUAUAAAAGAUAAGUAAUCCAAUUAGAAGCAGCCUCCAGAAAAAGUGGUACGGUGCCUAAAUUAUUUUUGUAGUUUCCAUAUUCAAAAACAUUUUGCAGAUCUUAAGCUUUUUUUAAGCCAGGAAAUGUCUCUCUGCUGCAUAAAAGGGGGAUUCAUAGUCUGCAUGAGCACUUUCUCAUAUAUAAAGAGAGAGGUAUAAAGAGCAUUUACCCUUUUUUUUUUUAAAUGUCACCUGCGUGGCUUAGCAAGAGGAACACAUCUUUUGAUGUGUGGAGCAAUGGUGACGGAAGGAACGUGUGACCUUUACAUUGUUUUUAUGAAUGUAUUUUUCUUAAAUAAAGAAAUUCUCAAUAAA